GCGGCGUUCGGGGUUGUGUUUAUGGCGCUUCUGCUGGUCUGUGCCAUGUUCUGUCAAACCUCUGUGGAAUAAAAACAAAAAAAAAAAGUCUUUUGAGGAAACAGGCUGCAGAACAAGUUACCCGGCGCAGGUGUGUUAGGACCGGAUCGACACAUGCGUCUAAAAUCAACUAUUUUGUGAGGUGAUUCGUCUCACUGGGGGUCAUUCAUGAGUACGUCCGGCUCGGUGUAGCAGUCAUGGAUGACAUGGCCUCCGUGGGGAAAAUUAGUGCCUCCUCUGACUCGGUGUCCACCCUGAACAGCGAGGACUUUGUCCUGGUGUCCCGCCUCGGGGACGAGACCCCGUCCACUAAUAACGGCAGUGACGAUGAAAAAACAGGCCUGAAGGUGAUUUCUGAGGAAGGGGUCAGCUUUAAGAUUGUGGGGAACGGCAGUGAGCAGCAGUUGCAGAGGGAGCUCGAGGAUGUGCUGAUGGACCCAUCGGUGGCAGACGUGACUCCCGGAUCGGACCACGUGGGCGGGGGGGAUCUGAGCUACCCCACCACUGCGGCCCCACGUCAUCCCUGUCCCGCACCCCCAAAACUGGAGAUAGUCCUGCCCGUUCAUGGAGCUCAACAGGAUGACGGCUCGGUGAUGAGUCCGGGGACGCCGCUGCUGGACGAGGACAGCGUGGUGUUCAGUAAGCUGACGUACCUGGGCUGUGCGUCGGUUAACGCCCCCCGCAGUGAGGUGGAGGCACUGCGUAUGAUGAGCAUUCUCCGCAGCCAGUGCCAGGUGCCGCUUGACAUCACCCUCUCCGUACCUGGAGUAUCCGAGGGAACCGUCAGGUUGUUGGACCCUCAGAGCGGGACCGAGAUCUCUAACUACCCCAUCUAUAAGAUCCUGUUCUGUGUUCGGGGUCAUGACGGGACACCAGAGAGCGACUGUUUCGCCUUCACAGAGAGCCACUACAACGCCGAGAUCUUCCGUAUCCACGUCUUCCGCUGCGAGAUCCAAGAAGCGGUCAGCAGAAUACUCUACAGCUUCGCCACAGCCUUUCGGCGGUCGGCCAAUAAGGCGUCGCUCUCGGCUCAGGCUCCGCCCCUCACGCCGGACAGCGACGUUUUCACCUUCACAGUCAGUCUGGAGAUCAAAGAGGAUGAUGGGAAGGGCACCUUCAGUGCCGUGUCGAAGGACAAGGACCGACAGAGCUUCAAGCUUCGUCCUGGGAUGGACAAGAAGAUCGUCAUCUACGUCCAACAGACGUCUAACAAAGAGCUGGCCAUCGAGAGGUGUUUUGGUCUUCUCUUAAGUCCAGGGAAGAAUGUGAGGAACAGUGACAUGCACUUGCUAGACCUGGAGUCGAUGGGGAAGAGUUCAGAUGGUAAAUCUUACAUCAUUACAGGGAGCUGGAAUCCCAACACUCCUCAAUUUCAGGCUGUCAAUGAGGAGACGCCUAAAGAUAAGUUCAUGUACAUGACGACAGCGGUGGAUCUAGUGAUCACGGAGGUGGAGGAGCCGGUGCGCUUCCUGUUGGAGACGCGUGUGAGGGUGUGUCCUCCCACUGACCGGCUCUUCUGGCCUUUUAGCAAGCGCAGCUACACUGAGACCUUCUACUUAAAACUGCGACAGCUGGAGAGGAAGAGUAACACGGACACGCUGUACGAGGUCAUGAGUUUGGAGAGCGAGACCGAGAGAGAGAAGAAGAAAACGACGGCGAGUCCCGGCAUCCUGCCCUCCGCUUCACACGGUUCCAUGGCGCCCUCGCCUCCUGAGGAUGACGAGGAGGAAGAUAACGACGAGCCACUGCUGAGCGGUUCUGGAGAUGUGUCUAAAGAGUGCGCUGAGAAGAUUCUGGAGACGUGGGGAGACCUGCUGUCCAAAUGGCACAUGAACCUGGCUGUACGGCCCAAACCGCUCCCCGCGCUCGUCCGCAGCGGCGUCCCCGAAGCCCUCAGAGGGGAGGUAUGGCAACUCCUGGCUGGUUGCCAUAACAACGACCAUCAGGUGGAGGAGUACCGCACGCUCAUUACAAAGGAAUCACCUCAGGACAGUGCCAUUACUCGAGACAUUAACCGCACAUUUCCAGCACACGACUACUUUAAGGACACAGGAGGUGACGGUCAGGACUCGCUGUACAAGAUCUGUAAGGCCUACUCUGUGUACGACGAAGAGAUCGGCUACUGUCAGGGCCAGUCCUUCCUGGCUGCCGUGCUGCUGCUACACAUGCCAGAGGAACAGGCUUUUAGCGUUCUGGUGAAGAUCAUGUUUGACUACGGUCUCAGGGAACUCUUCAAACAGAACUUUGAAGACCUACACUGCAAGUUCUUUCAGCUGGAGAGACUCAUGCAGGAAUACAUUCCAGAUUUGUACUCGCACUUCUUAAGUAUAGGUUUGGAAGCUCACAUGUACGCCUCCCAGUGGUUCCUCACGCUCUUUACAGCCAAGUUUCCUCUCUACAUGGUGUUUCACAUCAUCGACCUGCUGCUGUGCGAGGGAAUCAGUGUCAUCUUUAAUGUAGCUCUGGCUUUACUCAAGACGUCGAAGGAUGACCUUCUGCAGGCCGACUUUGAGGGAGCUCUGAAGUUCUUCCGUGUGCCCGUGCCCAAACGGUACCGCUCCGAAGAGAACGCCAAGAAGCUCAUGGAGCUCGCGUGUAGCAUGAAGAUCAGUCAAAAGAAGCUGAAGAAGUAUGAGAAAGAGUAUCACACGAUGCGAGAACAACAGGAACAGCAAGAGGCCCCCAUCGAGAGAUAUGAGCGGGAGAACCGGCGUCUGCAGGAAGCCAACAUGCGUCUGGAGCAGGAGAACGAUGAUCUCGCUCACGAGCUGGUCAGCAGUAAGAUCUCGCUCAGGAAGGACCUGGACAACGCGGAGGAGAAGGCCGACGCCCUAAACAAAGAGCUCCUCAUCACGAAACAGAAACUGAUCGACUCGGAGGAUGAGAAGAGACGGCUGGAGGAUGAAGCGGCGCAGCUUAAGGAGAUGUGCCGCAGAGAGCUGGACAAAUCGGAGUCAGAGAUCAAAAAGAACGGCUCCAUCAUCGGAGAAUACAAACAGAUCUGCUCCCAGCUGAGUGAACGACUUGAGAAGCAGCAGACGGCUAACAGAGGAGAGCUGGAGAAGAUCCGGAUGAAGGUGGAGGGCUGUGAGAGGUGCAGCGUGCUCUUCAGUAAAGAGGGCCGUCUGAAGGCUCUGAGCGUUCCUAAAGAGCUGAACGAGGACGAGAACGACGAGGAGAAAGAAGCUCUGCAGGUGCAGCUCAGGGAGAUGGAGCUGGAACUCGCUCAGACCAAACUGCAGCUGGUGGAGGCCGAGUGCAAGAUCCAGGAUUUGGACCACCAUUUGGCUCUGGCGCUCAGUGAAGUGCAAGCGGCUAAAAAGACCUGGUUCAACCGAACUCUAACCUCCAUUAAGACGGUGACGGGAGCUCAGGGCAAAGAGACCACCUAAAAACCAUCUCUCUCUCUCGUGCUCCCCCUCUCUCUCUCUCUCUCUCUCUCUCUCUCUCUCUCUCUCUUUAUGGAUCAGUGUGGUGAACCUCACGACACCCAAACGAACCAUUUAUUUUUCCCUUUUUUGUAAAAAGAUCCAGAUCUUUGCAUAGAGAGAAAACAAAACACACAGAAUAUACUAAAGCAGAGGAGGCUUUAGCGCUAGGCUUUAUACUACUGACUCUCACACACACACACACACACACACACACACAUUAAUACCACACUCAAGCUACUGUUCUACUCCAGACUACUUGCACAAAAUAAACCCACAAACAUCAACAAACUAACAGCCUUCUUUUGGGAAGAAGACGAGCUUUUCUAAUUUCCGUUUGAUGAUGAAUUUCUGUGAGCUUACAUGAUUUAAUAUGUUAGACGUGUGUGUGUGUGUGUGUGUGUGUGUGUGUGUGUGUGUGUGUGUGUGUGCACUAAAGGAACCUUGUGCCAUUGACUGUGAGUGACCGUACACGACAGUGAUUUUCAUCAUGUAGGAAGAGGGACAAGGUAAAGAAGCACAUUUUUAUUUAUUUAUAUAUAUAUAUAUAUCUCAAAUAAAUAAAAGUAAUGGCACCCCUCUUUUGUUGGCGAAGUACACUAAAGAGAGGAGCGAUGGUCGGAGGGAAUGAAAAACGGAGACCUCUGUUGAAGAGAAGCAUCUCCUUUUUACCAUUAAAGCUGCCAUCAGUGAUUUUAUAAAUAUUCAUCAUUUAUAACAAGAUUCAUGUUUAUAACACAUUCACGCAGAGGCUCUGGAACCCCCGGGUUCUCGGACUGUACGUGGGGAGGAUAGCAGACUGGGAAAGUUUAAUCAAAGUGGACCACUAACAUCCAACCAAUCAGGAAAAAGUCUGCGUGCGAAGUCCAGUCAAGGAAAAGCUCCGCCCCUCUCGCAGGCAUGUUCUGAUGGUGCGAUUAGUUUUAAUCGGCGGGUACACCUUUACGCUCGCUGAUACACACAUUAAUGAGGGAACGCUAGCACGCUAGUUCCAUCCCUUUUUCUUAGCAUUAGCAUUAGCAUUAGCAUUAUCGUCGGUGGAUGCGGUCUCGUCAGAGAGCUGCGUCCUGAAGCACUUAUUUAGCGCGUGUAUGAGAGACAACGCUCACACACACUCUCACAGGCAUGCUUGUGCGUGUGCACGCGUGGGUGUGUGUGUGUGUGUGUGUGUGCGCACAUAAAGGCUGUGUAAAGAAACACUCUGUGGGUUUUUUUUUUUUUUUUUUAAGUUUUUGCACCUUACAGACAUAUUUAUAACAGAAUCUGUCUUGCUCAUGUCACAGGAAGCCCCUUUUUUUCUUCUUCUCUCUAAAUAAAUAGAUAGAUAAAUAAAUAAAUAAAAGCAGGGGUCAUUCCACGAGGCACUGGCGGAUUGUACAUAAGAAGCAUUAAAGGUUUUUGUUUGAAUGUAAUGUUUUAUUUUGUAUUUCUACUCCAUGGUAACGUUACUAAUGUUGCCUCCUUGUAUACGUCGCUUUAAAGUUCUGUCUUUAAUGUCAAACUGCUGUCUCUCAUCUAUUACAUGCCAAAAUUUAUCCUCGUCCAGCAUUAUUAUUAUUAUUAUUAUUAUUAUUAUUAUUAUUACGUGUGUCUGUAUGAACAUGGUAAUAGUGUAGCUGCAUUGUGUAUACUUCAUCAAUUUCAAUAUAAAGCUACCAAACACAAAUAUAUCGCCUGUGUGUGUGUGUGUGUGUGUGUGUGUGUGUGUGUGUGUGGAUUUAUUCUCUGCGUACGUGUUUAAGAAGGUAUUAAAGUGUGCACGUUGUUCAUGGGGUGUAGACGAGAAGGGGUUCAAAAUGAAAAAGGCACCGCGGGUUUACCCUUUCAUGCAGUCGGUUUCAAGACCAAAAAAAAAAAGACAAUAAAUCCAAAUGAAGUUUAAAAAUAAAUAAAUUAAAA